AUGGGUCGGAUGCACACACCCGGUAAAGGUAUUUCUAAGUCGGCUCUGCCGUACCGUCGCAGCGUAGCCACCUGGCUGAAAGCGUCGUCCGAGGAUGUCAAGGAUCACAUUUUCAAGUUAGCCAAGAAGGGUUUGACACCGUCUAAAAUCGGUGUAAUUUUGCGAGAUUCACAUGGUGUCGCCCAAGUAAGAUUUGUGACAGGCAACAAAAUUCUUAGGAUCAUGAAAGCUAUGGGUUUGGCUCCAGGUCUCCCUGAAGAUUUGUACCAUUUGAUCAAGAAAGCCGUAGCAAUCAGAAAACAUUUGGAAAGGAAUAGAAAAGACAGAGAUUCCAAAUUCCGUUUGAUUUUGGUUGAAUCACGUAUCCAUCGUUUGGCAAGGUACUACAAACGCAAGUCAAAGAUCGCCCCCAACUGGAGAUACGAGUCCAGUACUGCUUCUGCUAUGGUUGCUUAA